UACACUAAUGGAUACUUUAGUACACAACUGGCAGUGUUGAUUCAUUGGCAUAAAGAUAAAAUAAGAAGGCGAAAGGAGUGAGCAAAGGGACAAGCAGUUUAGAAUUCUAGUGUGAUUAGUUUGUUUCUCUCUCUCUCUCUUUUUCUGCUCUUUUUGUUUGUCAGCGAAUUGUUUUUUUUUUUUUCUCCACCCUCUAGUGUUCCUCCUCUUCUACUUAAACUGAGAAGAACCGCAUCAAGAAACACAAGGAGAGAAAAAAAAGAGAGCAAAUAGGUACUUUAUUUACAACUCUCACUUGAUCACAAUACAAGAGUACCAGUCACUCAAAGAAAGAAGGGUUAAAUGGAUAUAUCAAGUUCACAAUACAAUAGUGCUAGUGAGUCUGGUUGGACACAUUACUUGGACCAAUCCUCUCUUUCUGGAAGUUAUUUCCAGAGUAGAGGUGGGAUAGUAGACUAUGAAGGCAAGGGAGUAACAAUGGAGGAGGAGGAGGAAGAUUUGUCUAUGAUCUCUGAUGCUUCAUCUGGUCCUCCACAUUAUCAUGAAGAUGAUGAUCAACACUAUUGUGUAAAUUGGUAUCCUUCUACUACUCACAACACCAAAGAAUCAGAAAAGAAGAAGAAGGUCAAAGAAUAUGGUGACAAUCAACAUCCUUCACCUCUUGAUGACACUGCCAGUUCCCCUGUUCUUAACUGUCCCAAGAAAGCCAGCUUCUCAGGGAAUGGAGCAGUGGAGAAUGUACCAGAUUUUUCCCCAUGUUUCUCGGCAACAAAAAUUAAGAGAAAGUCUAAAUUCAAGAAGCACUUUAGUUUCUUUGAGCGUUCUCUUGGUGGAAAACAAGCUUCAGAGGAACCAGGUGGUUUCGAUGAAGAAAGAAGGAAAUGAAAAUUUUAGGUGUGGCUUUUGCUUCUGCUGCUAAAGAAAGACUAGGGGUAGAGGGUGUGAAAUUAGAUGAUGCUGUUAAAUGACAAAGAGAACUUCCUUUGAUUUUUUUUUUUUAGAUAUAGGAAAAAAAAAAGAAGGAAAAUCUCUUUUGGUGUAAUUUUUCUCUUUUUUUAAUGUGCUACUCUGCCACUGCCAAUGCAGUUUGGAACGACAUAAGAGAAUAUAAGAAACUGAACAGGGUGUCCGAUUCCAUUUUCUUUGUUUCA